AUGGAAAAGUUGGGGGAAGAGAGGGCGGUGCGCAUGUUAGCAGGGGCGGCAGCGGGGGGAAAGUGCAAGUUCCAAAUUGAAACACGGUCUUCUCGGUGUCAUCCACCUCUGCCUCAGAAUCGAUUUCGCGGCACCCUCAUUUCUCCUCGGACAUUCCGACUUCUGACUCCCAGUGUUCUGCCGCCGCUGCUCACCGUCAAGUCGUCGUCUCGCCUCCUCUCCCUUGACCCCCCCAUCGACCACCUCGCCGUCGUCCAGGCACCCUCCGCUACGGCUGCCUCCCCCGCCGCAGUUCCACCUCCUCUUCUCAAAUCGUGGCUGCGGCAACACCGGAAGGCGUCGUCGUCACUAAUUUUGCCGGAGAUGAAAUCGAUCGGAUACACCCCCGAUUGCGGCACCUGCAAUUACCUAUUUCUGACUCUUUCAAAAAUCGAUCAAUUUGGGGAAGCGGUGGAGGUGUUGAAAGGGAUGGGGAGGGCGGGAUGCGUCCCCAAUUGCGACAGCUACGGGGGAUUGAUUGCUGAGUUGAGCGAGGCGAGGAAGGUGGACGCCGUGGCGGAGGUGUGUAAGGGUUGUUCGAUCACCAUCGAUAGUGACAAUUCUGUGGCAGUCUCCAUGAUCACGGGAUAA